AUGGCGGACGAACCAUCCGCCAAGAGUCAUCAUGGCGAGCCGUCGGACAAGAGCAACGACCUCAUCGACGUUCACGUCCCCGGUGAGAAGCGCGAGUACACGAGAACCCUCACAGGGGUUGAGCUCCACGGCAAAGAGACACUGGAGAUCGUCUGCACCAGCGAACCAGACAAGGCCGACGAGGUGAUGAGCAGGCUCAGGAUGAAGGGCGGCGGCUUGUAUCCGAGCUUCAUCGGAGUUGAUGUGGAGUUCACCAGGGAUGAUGAACCUCCACAGAUGGCGGCAGUCUUGCAGUUGUGCGUCGAGGAACUCUGCUUGGUUUACCACAUCGCAGCAGCCACAAAAUGGCCCAAGCGCCUCAAACAGUUCCUGCAGGAGGAGAAAUUGUACACGUUUGUUGGUUUCAGCAUUAGAGGCGACAAGCGGAUGCUGAACAGGUCUGGUUUGGAGAUCAACCCCAACAACUUCAUCGACAUGCAGCGCAAGUGGAAAGAUCCACACACCAGCAAAUACUUUGACUCCUUGGCCGAUGUUGCAGGCGGCGUCAUCCACCCAUCCUACAAAGGCAUGAAGAAUAAGAUGGACAAGGGAGAACACAAAAAAUGGGGGACCACAUCCCGCUGCCAGACAACCUCAUCAUGUACGUAG